AUGGGUGAACGUAUGGGUCUCUCAGGUUCAGAGCUCAUAGAGUUUGUGGAUAGGAAAGAGAAGGAGUAUACUGAACGUGAGGAACGUAUGUUGAGACGGGAAGACGAGAGACACAGACGAGAUGAGGAAAGGCGGCGUCAUGAUGAUGAACAACGGUGGUUUGAGGCUCAAGAAGCAGAAAAGAAACGGAUGUUUGAGCUUGAGCAAGCUGUGAAAAAAAGGUUAUUUGAGUUGGAGCGUUUAGAAAAGGAAAGAGCUUUAAAAGAGGAAGAACGAUCUUUAAGAGAGGAAGAACGAGUUUUGAAACAACAGGAGUUGGAAAUGCUUAAAAUAAAGGCUGAAGCCGGGGCUUUAGGAACUGAUAAAAGUGCUGAGCACUUGAGCAGUAAAACAUUGCGGCCAAGGCUGCCGAAGUUUGAGGAAACUCAUGGCGGCUCUAUCACAUCUAACAGGAUGAAUCGAAGUAAUGUGUCAUGCAGCAUGGAGCUACAGCCUUCGACCGAGUUUCAGCCAGUGUCUCAGACUAUACAAAGAGAAAAACCAGCUUUUAAGAAGCCAAUAUGUUUCAUAUGUAAUAAGGAAGGUCAUAUAGCACGAGAAUGCAGAAACCUAUCCAAGAGAAAGACGUAUCUUAUGGUUGCGAUUGAUGGACGUUCAAGAACUGUCCCUGCAGCAAAGAUACAGGUUGAUACACCAUAUUUUACAGGUGAAAUUGAGGCAAUGGUUGUGCCGAACAUGAUAUGCGAUUUGAUAAUUGGUAAUAUAAAAGGAGUUUUAGAAAGGCCAGAUAUAAAUUGGAAAACCCGAGAUGAAAGUCAAUUUUCAUCCGGCGAAGAUAUUGCUGCAACUGGGAUGAUGGAAACCCAGCAUGCAAUAAAGGUGGGUAUUAUGGAACCCUCUGAGGUUUGCGAAGUCAAAGAGCAAACGUUUGAUGUUGAGCAAAUGAAAAUUGCUCAGAAAGAUGAUGAGACAUUAAAGAAACUUUGGAUUUAUGCUAAGGAUAAGGCGAAACUGAAAACAAAAAGAGGAUUCAGCCUGUAUCAUGAGAGGUCAUCUAUUAAGUACGUGAACAGAGGAUCACGUUGGCAUAACAAAAAGGGUAUAUAUGAUAGAGAUAUUAACCUACGAGAUGAUAGGGGUUAUAAAGACCAUGACCCAAAUAUUUCUAACCAUGAGAAGUCAUGGAGACAAAAUGACAUGAGAGAUGAUCUCGGUAAAGAGUUUAUACAUGCAGCCGAUGGACUAUGCUGUAAGUUGGAGAUUCCAUACCCAACAGUUCGACGUCUUGUACAAUUCGGGGAGCUAGAAGUAUCAAGGGAAUCGGUGAAACUUCUCAAGAAACUUGGAAGUGGUUGCUUUGGAGAGGUUUACGCUGGUAAAUGGCAUAAUACAGUUGAUGUGGCUGUUAAAACUUUGAAGCAAAGCCAGAAAACGGCAGACGAUUUCCUGGCUGAGGCGAAGCUGAUGCAUCAUUUAAGACAUAAUAAACUGGUACAGUUGAUGGCAGUGUGUACAAAAUCGGAACCUAUCUGGAUCAUAACAGAGCUCAUGAUUAAUGGGACCCUGCUAGAUUACUUACGCAAAGAUAUAGGCAAAACCCUCGGCUUCAAUUCAUUAGCUGACAUGGCUGGCCAGAUAGCAGAUGGUAUGGCCUAUCUAGAGACAGUGAACUGUGUACAUAGAGAUCUGAGAGCUGCUAAUAUUUUGGUAGGUGAUCACAUCGAAGUAAAGGUGGCAGGUUUUGGUCUAGCUAGAUUGAUUCAUGGAAGUUUUGAAGACGCAGAUGAAAAUACGAACUUCCCUAUAAAAUGGACAGCACCAGAGGUAGCAUUUGACAGAAAAUUCAGCAUAAAAUCAGAUGUAUGGUCAUAUGGUGUGUUGUUGUAUGAACUGAUUACUCAUGGAUGCGAACCCUAUCCUGGUAUGGAUAAAUUCGUAGUGCUGAAACGUGUAGAAAAAGGAUUCAGAAUGAACAAACCGUAUUCUUGUCCUUGUCCUUGUCCUGACCCUUAUUAUGAAAUAAUGCGGAAAUGUUGGAACUUGACUGCAAUCAAUAGACCAACAUUUGCUUUUCUCCAAGAUUUCUUCAACAACUAUAAUGAGUAUGCUGAAGAAACACAUCAUUCAAUAGAACAAACUCCUCGUAGAGACGACAUUAGAAAGCUUAGCGCAACUAGUGGAAGUAGUGUAAAAGCCUUGGGCGAUAAUGAAACAGAAACACGACUCGAUCUUCAACAGUCUGUGCAAAUGUCUACUCCUCAUACAUAUGAAAAUGUUCAAAAUGCAGUAACAGCAAAACAAGCUCAACCGGAAAGCAACACUGACAACCUUGCCAUUACUCCUGGAUUCAGUGUGGAAGCCUUGUACAGUAAUAAAGCAGAAACACGACUCGAUCUUCAACAGUCUGUGCAAAUGUCCACUCCUCAUAUAUAUGAAAAUGUUCAAAAUGCAGUAACAGCAAAACAAGCUCAACCGGAAAGCAACACUGACAACUUUGCCAUUACUCCUGGAUUCAGUGUGAAAGCCUUGUACAGUUAUAAAGCAGAAGCAGACGACGAGAUAUCUCUGUACCCUGACGACAUUUUAACUGAUGUGGAUCCAGUGAACAAAAGUUGGUGGAUAGGAAUAGCAGCAAAUGGUACACGCGGCCUGUUUCCAGCAGGUCAUGUAGAGAUAUUUGAAAACGUUUAUGAAGAAAUAGCAAAACACCAAAGAAUUUAAAGAUAUUUGUUGAAAACUGCAAAUACUUGAGACUUUGGCACACAUACAGUCUCAAAGGUACAUAGGUGUUAUCUAUUUUAUAUAACCAGUUAAUUUAUAAUAAUUGAUUAUUGUCUAGACUAUUUUGUAGCGAAGCCCUGUUUUUCUGAUGACAAAGAAAUAAUGUUAAGAUCUGUUAUAGGUUAUCAUUUGCCUUUUUUUUGUGAAUUUUGAACAACAGUGACUUUCAUCUUCGAAUAAAUUAAACUUAUUGAUAUAUUUGAUAUGACAUAUAUAGCGCUUAGUUAUAACUUAAAACUUAGAGCCAUGUGCUCUCUGUUGUAAUACUAUUACAUAACUGUUCAUCUUAUUGAGAUGCUUUUGUUAUUUCUUGUAUAUUUAAUCUUUCUGGAGCAAAAGCCGCAGCCUUUUCUUUUAGUUUUACCGUGGAUAAUAUAUGGCAUGAUUACAGUCGUUGUCAUACAUAUAUGUACUAAUUCAUAGUUUACCGCCUGUUUUCACGUGUAUCUGAUAAUUCAUAUUGUACUGUCUGUUGUCAUGUAAACAUGCUAAUUCAUAGUAAUGUAUAUCUGCUAAUUCAUAGUCAUGUAUAUCUGCUAACAUGGUUUACCGCCUGUUUUCAUAUAUAUCUGUUAAUUUACAUUUUACCUCCUGUUUUCAUUAUAUCUGUUAAUUCAUAUUUUACCGCCUGUUGUCAUGUAUACAUGCUAAUUCAUAGUCAUGUGUAUCUUCUAAUUCAUAGUUUACUGCCUGUUUUCAUAUAUAUCUGCUAAUUCAUUGUUAACCGCCUGUUUUCAUGUAUAUCUGCUAAAUUCAUAGUUUACCACCUGUUGUCAUGUGUAUAUACUAAUGUAUACUUACCUCCUGUUGUCAUGUAUAUGCUACCUCCUGUUAUCAUGUAUCUACGCCAGUUCAUAUUUACCUCCUGUUAUCAUGUAUCUACGCCAGUUCAUAUUUACCUCCUGUUAUCAUGUAUCUACGCCAGUUCAUAUUUACCUCCUGUUAUCAUGUAUCUACGCCAGUUCAUAUUUACCUCCUGUUAUCAUGUACCUACGUCAGUUCAUAUGUACCUCCUGUUAUCAUGUAACUACGCCAGUUCAUAUUUACCUCCUGUUAUCAUGUACCUACGUCAGUUCAUAUGUACCUCCUGUUAUCAUGUAUCUACGCCAGUUCAUAUUUACCUCCUGUUAUCAUGUAUCUACGCCAGUUCAUAUGUACCGCCUGUUAUCAUGUAUAUAAACUAAUUCAUAUUUUACCUCCAGUUGACAUAUACAUAUAUAUAUAUAUACUAAUUUGUAGUAUGCUUCUUGCUGCCAUGUGUGUGUUCUUAUUAAUAUUUUAUUAAUUGUUGUCAUGCAAUGCGUGAAAUCAUGUUGUCAGUUAUUGCUGAUAUACGACAGAAUUUAAUGCAUAUGGCAUUUCGAUACUACGUAAAUAACAUUUUAUCGAAAAAGCGGUGUUAAUCAACGUAUUACUAACAUUUUUACACUUUUACACUGUUGCCAUGUUCAGCAAAUAAAGUAGUGGAAAACGUUUCUUUUCCAAUUCUUAUAUACAGACAAUUUCUGCAUGUUAGAGGGUGUAACACAUGAGUAAGCUGUUGAUAAAUAAAUGAUACACUCACUUUCUUCGGAUGGGGUUAUUGCUAAUAACUUAAUAAAUGAAAUCCAUUUAUUAUGUUUUUGCAAUAUGUGGCAUAAAGGUUAGAUCCCCACCUUUGAUGAUGAAUAUCAACUGUUAAUAUUUGUCUUUUCUUGAUAAAAUUAGUCACCUAUCACAUAUUAUGUAUGAUGCUGUAACAGAACCAUUUAUUGUUAAUUGUGUUUUCAAAUUCGUCAUUUAGAUAUUAAAUGACAGAUUUCAAUCAAAGAUACGUGUUGGUUUUUGAUUUGAUUUACUACCAAAUCAAACAGAGCUCAUAAAGUGAG